CUCCCCGUACCGCGCUGUGCCCGGGCCUCCCGCCGCCGCCGCCGCCUGUCGCCUGUCGGAGAAGCCGGCCCGGGCCGCCCGCGUCCUCCGGGACCGCAGCUGUGCUCUGCGCGGCCUGGGCUGCACCUUGUCCGUCGGUGCACUGACAGGUAGAGUCGUGUCAGUCCUCGCUGAGCAAGUGUGGUUCCCAGACCAGCAGCGUCAGCCUCACUGGGGGGUUGUGAGAAAUGCAGAGUCACGGGCCCCACGGAAGCCCCGGGUGGUCAGCCUGAGUCUCAGUGCCCUGCGCCCCCUCCAGCCGCCGCUCACCAGGCUCCCCUCUGAUUUCUGUGCUUCAUCAAGGCAGCGCUUUUGUUAAGUGCUGCUGGUCAUACAGAAGUUAGGUUUAUGGGGCGGAAUACCCCCAUCCCACUUUAAUGCUUAUAGUGUUUAAUAACUGUCACCAUGUGUGCAGCCAUCACCACUAUGAGUUUCCAAGGUUUCCCAUCACUCUUAGCAGAAACUCGGAGCCUUUUAAGCAUCAACUCCCCUCCUCCCUUCCCAUCCGCCCCUAGUAACCCUUGAGCUCUGUGUACAUUUGCCUAUUCCAGGUAUUUCAUGUAAGUAGGAUGGAACAAUAUUUGUCCUUUUGUAUCUGAUUUAUUUCACUUAGUGUAGUGUUUUCAAGGUUCCUGCAUGUCCUAGCUUUUAUGAGAACUUCAUGUCUUUUUAUAACUGAAUAACAUUCCAUUGUAUUUUGUUUUUCCAUGCAUCUGUUGAUGGAUGUUUGGGUUGUUUCUCCUUUUUUGCUUUUUGAAUAGUGCCGCAGUGAACAUUGGUGUAAAAGUACCUGUUUGCAUCCCUGUUUUCAAACCUUUUGGGUAUAUACCUAUGAAUGGAAAUUUAUGGAUAAUUGCAUAUUUAACUUUCGGAGAAUCCCGCAUUCUUUUCCACAGAGGCUGCACCAUUUUACAAUCCCACCACCAAUUUCUCCACAUUCUCCCCAACUGUUGUUGUUUUCUGGUUUUCUGAUGGUAUCCAUCCUAGUGGCAACCCUGGUGGUAUAGUGGUUAAGAGUUUGGCUGCUAACCAAAAGAUCGGCAGUUCGAAUCCAUCAGGUGCUUCUUGGAAACGCUAUAGGGCAGUUCAACUCUGACCUGUAGGGUCGCUAUGAGUCCAAAUCGACUUGACAGCACCAGGUUUAUUUUUUUGGUUAGCAAUCCCAGUAGGGUUGAGGUGGUAUUACUGUGGUUUUGAUUAAGAGCUACGGCCGCUAACCAAAAGGUCAGCAGGCAGUUCAGAUCCACCAGGUGCUCCUUGGAAACCCUAUGGGCAGUUCUGCUCAGUCCUAGAGGGUCGUUGUGAAUCGGAAUCCACUCAACAGCACUGUGUUUGGUUUUUGGUUUUAGCUGAUGACUAAUGACACAGAAGAUCUUUCCGUGUGUUUAUUGGCCAUUUUAAUAUUGUCUGGCGAAAUGUCUAUUUGUUUUUUGCCCGUUUUAAAAAUAGUUCAUCUUUUUGUUGUCGAGUGGCAGGAGUUCUUUAUAUAUCCUCGUUAUUAAACCCUUACCAGAUAUAUAAUUCCCAAAUAUUUUCUCCCAUUCCGUAGGUUGACUCGUCGCUUUGGUGGUAAAAUCCUUCGAUGCCAGAAAUUUUUAAUUUGAUGAUGUCUAAUUUCUCUCUCUUGUUGUGUCUUGCCUGUGCGUUUGGCAUCAUGUCUGAGAACCCAUUACUGAAAACUAGUGUGUGGAGAAAAUAAAUGUUCGUAUUUUUAAAAUUGUGAAAACUUUGCAUGUUUCAAAAAUUUCAAAAAUGCCUAGGGAAAAAAUGACUAUUAAACUCCAAGUCUCAGUACCUUUAGAAAGAUGUGUUUAUUUUUCUCUUCCCAUCCUUGGAGAUCGAUAUUCUAGAAGUACCCUGGGUGCACUGGAAUUCCCCUUGGAGACUUCAUAUCAAAUCCAAACCUUCAAUUCAAAACUACUGAAUUCCCCUAGUUCAGAAUCUAAGGGUUGCCCCUCAGAUAAUGCCACAAUAUCAACUUCCAUUUCCCAGAGGCCUCAUACAGCCGGAACUAUGCUCUUCCAUCCCUCCAGCUUGAAGCUUCAGAAGUGGGAAUGGAUCCCGUUUCAGAGGUCACAGUUUGAUUCUUCAUGUCCAGGAUGACAAGACCUCCGGGUUGAGAUAUGGGCUCCUGGGUACCAGUGGACUCAGAGACGACCUGGGGCACUAAGGGCUGAAUGGCUCUGAAACCUAACACGUGUAAUACAGAGCUUUCCAGUCUCACCCCAGCAAAUCUGCUUCUCACCUGGCUUUCCCAUAUCAGUAAAUGGCACCAGCAUCCAUUCACUAGAUUGGGAGAUACGCUUAGUCCACCACUACCCUCUUUUUCUCUCACCUUCCACCUUCAGGAAAGUACCAAGUCCUGUUGGUUUACAACCAAAAUAUAACCACUGUCUUCAUGGCUGCAACCCUAGUCCAAACUUCUCUGAAGAUGUCCAUUAGGAAAACAGCCUCUGAGCUUUCUCCUACUUUCGCUCUUGUCACAAGAAUGUAUAAUGUCCACCCAACAGCAAGAGGCAUAUUUCAAAAAUGUAAAGCUAGUAAGCUAUCAAUCACAUAUGGAAGAAAAUCCAUAUAUUUUUACAUUGGCCAAUGAGAUCCUACAUGUUCAGGAUUAUGUGUAGCUCUCUGACUUAAAUUUGUAACACUCACCCUCAUGUUAACUAAGCUCUUGGGGACACAUUUUUUUAAAACUUUUACAAAUUAUGUCAAGAUCUUCCCUACCUUUCAUCCUUUGCACCGGGUAUUUCCUAUGAUUAGAGAAAACUUUUUACCAUAGGAAUCCCAUUAUUCUCCUAAUUCAGGUCUAACUGCAAAUGUCGCCUCCUCAGAGAGUUCACCCUCUGUUCCCUCAGUUAUUCUCACUUAUUUCUGUGUUUAAGUAUUGCACUUUUCAGAAUGUGGUAAAUCCAAUUCAGGUUGACAUUAAUCUUAACCGUAUAAAUAUAACCAAAUUCUUUUGAAUGUUGCCUUUGUUUUUAUCUACUCUAUUUCCCUAUGUGACAGGCUUCCAGCAAACAAAAAGCCGAGAAGCUCUGCAUUGUGCUAAUGGCAGCCCUCUCACCCUCUCUGCUCUGUUGGUCACUUAGGGUUCUGGUGAGUCCACUAGAGCUGUGAUGUCCACUAGCCAGAUGCGGCUAUUUCAGUUAAAAUUAGUUAAAUCUAAAAAAUUCAGUUCGCUAUUUGCACUAGUCACAUGUUAAGUGCUAAAUAUCCACAUGGGGCUAGGGCUUCCAUACCGAACUGUACAGAGACAACCUGUGCCUGUCUUCAAAGAAAGUUCCACUGGAUAGUGCCGCUCAACAGUACACACAACAAGUGGUAACCUGUGUGUGAUUAUUCUGUGUGUGACCCGUGUCAUAGUCCUGAAAGAACAAGAAAACAAAACCCAGAGUGUCUGCCCGUAGAUUUAUACUCUAGCAUGGGAGACAGUUUUAAAUAAAUAAUGAAAAACCAGGGACAGCUGAUACCUGUAAUGAAAGGACCCAACCCAAGAGUCAGGUUAGACUGCUUGAGAGGGAAAAUCAUUUAAGUGAAGACUUACAAAAUGAGUUGGAUUUAGGUAUAUACAUGGUUAGUUAUACAUAUGAGCAGGGUUGAUAGCAUGUGUGGUGGGUGGGCAUGGAAAGAGUAUUUCAGUUGGGAAAAGUGAGUGUGUAAAUCCCAUUGUUUGAUAAAAGUUAGAGAUGAUUGGAGCAAAGAAAACAAAGUGUGGGUUGGAGGUUGGGGGUGUUAUGUGAGCCAGACUGGAGGGAGCAAUGGCAACAGGUCAUUUAGAACCAUGCUGACCACUCUGGGCUUUUUGAAGGGCAGCGGGCAGCCACUGACGGGCAUGAAGCAGGGAUGAAUGUGAGUAUAUUUGUGAUUUAAAAGGGAACACUCCAGUUCCUGUACUGCAAAUAGAAUUUGGAAAGACAACCAUGAAUGAAUGAUGUCAAGCAGGAGCUUGUUAUGAACAAGUUAAGGAAGACUGUGAGGUGGCCUAGACGUGGAGAUUGUGGAUCAGGAAGGUAGUGGGUGACAUGAUGUAGAUGUAGAUGGUUCAAAGGGCACCUCAGUCGGCCGAAUGCUCAUUCCUUGAGUUACAGGCUAUAGAGCUGUGAAUGCUUCUCAGAGUUCCAUGUGGAUGUGGAUAACCAGGGCACAUUAAAAUACAGAUUUUUAUUUAGCAGGUCUGGGGUGUAGCUUAAGAGUCUGCAUAUCAUAUAACAAGCUCCCAGUUUAUGCUGAAAGUAAUAAUUAUAGAAAUAAAGUUGUGAAUUAAAAUUAGUGCUGUGAGAGAAAAUAAUAAAAGGAAAGAAUACUUAAAGGGGAGACACCGAUGUGAUGAUUAUGCAAAAGAGAACAUUUACUCUGAGAUCAAGAAGUAAGAGUGGGAGUCAGCUAGGUGGGGAGGCUGGGAGGGGGUCAGCUAGGUGGGGGAGCAAGGGGGGAGGGGGAAUGGGAACAGAGGCGAGAGAGGGCUCCGUAGAGAAAACGUAAUGACUUUCUGAUUUGUUUGUUGACUGAUUAAUGAUAAUGUUGAAAGAGGAAGUGUUCAGGAAUCCUCCCAGAUUUCUUGAAAGCUUGGGGACUGGUGGUUUUAUGGUCUGAGAGCAAAGGGAAAACAAAAAGACAAACUCAAGGGGAAUAAAGAAAUGUUAAUUGCAAAUCAGCAGGAAAAAUACUGAUCAUACAGUACAGUGGUAUAUAUGAAAUGAAACUUAAAAAAAGCAGGAAACAGCUCAAUAGAAGAGAGAUAACUGCGCAUAAUUAAAAAUCAAUGAAGCACGAUGAUCGCAUUGACCAAGCUUGAAGAAAAUGUUCCCGCUGAAAGUGCAGCCGUGCCGGUAUCCAGUGACAGUGUGUCUCUGGGUCUGCAGGGGGCAGAGUUAUGUAGGUGAACGCACAGACUCGUCCUCGCACCCCUGACUCCCUGGAGGAAAUCAGGUUCAGGUUUUCCAGCUUUGCUCUGGAUGCUUCUUGUGCUCCGGAAUGAGUAAAUUCCUCCAUCUGUGAUCUUGUUACCGAAAGGAAGAGGCUGAGUAGCUGUGUGAAGAAUGCAGGUGUGUGCUCUGGAAGGCUGGAGCCUGUUCUGCCUUAAACAGCGAAUGCCCUCAGGGCGGAGCAUUGCCUUGAGACUGGGAGGAAGUCCUGCUCAGGGAAAGAGCUGCAGGCUAAAGACCUGUCACUCCCCACUUGCUCAACACUGUCUCCUCCCCAUCUUCUUCUAUUUCAGGUCCCAGGUGUGGCACAGGGAGAACUAGUCCAGUCUCAGCAGCUGAGUACCCAGGGUGACCACCUUGCACAUCCUUGCUAUCACAAGUAAGGUUUCAACUGCUCUGACUGGUGUGUGGACCAAACACCAUUCAUCAGCCUCUAGUCUGCCCAGUGGCUCUGCUUCCACUCCCAUCCCUCUCACUGAAGUGGCUUCUUGAGCUCUGAGAGGACAUUCACUUAACUUCCAGAAGCUGCAGCCUGGGAAAUGGACUCACUUGUCAUUGAGGAUGUGGCUGUGGACUUUACUCCAGAAGAGUGGACUUUGUUGAAUCUUCCUCAGAGGAAACUCUAUAGAGAUGUGAUGAUGGAAACCUUGAGAAACCUGGCCUCAGUCGUUUCUGAAGACCUUGAUGGUGGAGAAAAAUUAUCUAGUGAACAUAUUACAGAGGAAGUCUUGAAGAGAAACACCUGGUUAUCCGUGUUAGGAGAAACCGGUGAAUUGCAUGGCUUUGAAGAUCAACGUAAAAACCAGGGGAGACAUAUAAGACGGCAUGCAGUAGAGAACCUUUGUGAAAGUAACAAAGUCAGUCAGUGUGGAAAAACGAGCCAGAUUACAGCUCUUAGUAUCCUCAAAACAACUCCCGAAUUAAAUCCUUUUGAAUGCCAUGAGUAUGAAAAAGCCUUCACAGAUCGUUCUUCACUUAAACAUCAUGUCAAAUUUCACAAUGGAUGCAGUGCCUGUCAAUGUAAGGAAUGUGGAGAAGCCUGCAGUUGUCCCUCUUACCUACGCAAUCCUGUGAGAACUCUUAAUGAUGAGAAACCUUGUGAAGAAUGUGGAAAGGGUUUCAUUUGUAUCUCAACUCCUAAGAAUCAUGGGACAACACUCACUGGAAAGAAACCCUAUGAAUAUAAUGAAUGUGGGGAAGAUCGCUGGAGUUUCUCAUCCUUUAGGACACAUGUGAGAGGUCAUAAGCAUAAUCGUAAGAAGUAUCGGAAAACCUGUACUCAUCCCUCAGCCAUCAUUUUACGUCAAAAAAUUCAUAGUGGAGAGUGGUCUUACGAAUGUAAAGAAUGUCUGAAAGCUUUUAGUUGUGCUGCAUCACUCACUGAACACAUAAGAAAUCACACUGGAGAAAAACCUUUUGAACAUACAGAAUUUGGGAAAUCUUUCAGUCAGUCCCCAAAACUCACUGAUCAAAUAAGAGCUCACAGUGGAAAAAAGUCAUAUGAAUGUAAGCAGUGUGAGAAAGUCUUUAGUCAGUCCUCACACCUCACUAGACAUAUAAGAAUUCACAGUGGAGAGAAGCCUUAUGAAUGUAGGGAAUGUGGGAAAUCCUUCAGUCAGUCCUCAUCCCUCACUAAACAUGUAAGAACCCACAGUGGAGAGAGGCCAUUUGAAUGUAAGGAAUGUGGGAAAACCUUUAAUCGUUCUGCAUCCCUCACUGUACAUACAAGAACUCACAGUGGAGAGAAGCCUUAUGAAUGUAAGGAAUGUGGAAGAGCCUUUAGUCGAUCCUCAAACCUCAUUAAACAUAUAAGAAUUCACACUGGAGAUAAGCCUUAUGAAUGUAAAGAAUGUGAGAAAGUCUUUACCUGUUCCACAUCCCUCACUAAACAUUUAAGAAUUCACACUGGAGAGAAGCCUUACGAAUGUAAAGAAUGUGGGAAAGUCUUUCGUUAUUCCUUUUCCCUCACUAGCCAUAAAAAAACACACAGUGGAGAGAAGUCUUAUGAAUGUAAGCAUUGUGGGAAAGCCUUUAGUCAGUCCUCAUCCCUCACUAGCCAUAUAAGAACUCACAGUGGAGAGAAACCUUAUGAAUGUCAGGAAUGUGGGAAAGCCUUUAGUCAUUCCUCAUCCCUCACUAACCAUAUAAGAACUCACAGAGGAGAGAAGCCUUAUGAAUGUCAGAAAUGUGGGAAGGCCUUUGGUCAGCCCUCAUCCCUCACUACACAUAUAAGAACUCACAGUAGAGAGAAGCCUUAUGAAUAUCAGGAAUAUGGGAAAGCAUUUAGUAAGUUGGCACACCUCACUAACCAUGUAACAACCCACAGUGGAGAGAGGCCUUUUGAGGGCAAGUAAUGUGGUAAAGCCUUUAGUCAGCCCUCAAAGCUCACUAAACAUACAGAACUCACAUUGCAGAGAUACCUUAUGAAUGUAAGGUUGUGUGACUCAAGUCAUUCUUUACCCCUCGCUUCAUGUCUAAGAACUCACAGUGGAGAGAGGGCUUUUAUGAAUGUAAGGAAUAUGGAAAAGUCUAGUUAUUGUUCCUUCCUCUGUAAACAUACUAACAGUGGAGCCUUUAUGAAGUUUUCAGAUGUCCCUCAUCCUUUGGAACACAUACGAGUAAGGGUAUUAGACACGAUGUAUAUUUAAGUGAUGUUCAAUAGGCUUCAGCCCUUAUCUUUUUACAAGAUAUCUUACCUUGGUAUUUUAUUUCCUUGCACCUUUCCUCUUAUGAAAACCGAUAUUUUUAACAGAAUCAGGAUUAUACUGUAUGUUUAGUGUUGUAGUGGACAUGUUUUCUAUUAAAAAAAAAAAAAAACAAAAAAACCUCUUGCCUUCAAGUUGAUUCCAAGUCAUAGCAGCCCGGUAGGUCAGAGUAGAACUGCCCUAUAUGGCUUCCAAGGAGUGCCUGGUGGAUUCAAACUGCUGGCCUUUUGGUUAGCAGCCAUAGCUCUUAACCACUGCACCACCAGGGUUUCCUACUACAUCUCAUUUAUUCUCCCUGCUACUAUCAUGAUCCCUGGUUUACUGACAAAGGAAUUGCGCAGAAAGUUUUAACCAAAAAUUAACCCGCGGAGGUGCCACUCUUUCAAGUGGUGGUAUGAAAAGCAGGGUUUACGUGGAAGGAUGGAUCCCUCUGAGGGCUGAAGGCGAUGGUGUGCUCCCACAGAGCCCAACCUGACAUAGCUGCAGUGGAGUUUCCAUUAUGUACAUGCACAGAGCCUAUUCUUAUUGACUCAGUCCUGGUUUUGGUAAUUCUGACAAUCCAAGAGUGUACGCUGGGCUAGGAUGUGAAGCUGCAGUUGCUGGGCUGAGCUGGAAUAGUGGCUGCUGCUCCACCUGGUGUACACACCCACUGCAGGCCUGGUCCAGCUAGGGCCCCUGUAUUAGUGGGGACAUAUGAGGGACUGUUAGUCCUGGAGGUUUAUCCAGCAGCACUCUGCACCAUGCUGAACUGGGAGCUGCCUCACUGACUCCUCAUGUAAGGGGCCUGGGAAAUGGUGACUGCAGGUAGUAGCAGCUUUCAAAUUAGACCUUCCCUUGACCCAGCACCUCUUCUUAUAGAAUUAUCCCAUGGAAAUCCCUGGGUACCAUUAUGGCGCCUGUUGAUAGUAGUGAUAGACAGUGGGUACCAUGAGAAUCAUUGUCCACCGGUCAGGGAAUUUGGUCAGUCCUUGCACACACAUUAGAAUAUUGAACUGCCACUAAAUGAAUUUUUAUUUCCAGGAAAGUUUGAACCAUAGGAGAGGUACUCUUAGCUUAAUAUUGUGUGAAAAAUAGGGUGUAAAAUAGUAUGUACAUGGUGACAGUUUGUAAACAUUUACACAGAAAUGUUUUAUGUUUUAUAAAUGCCUAUAAACCGGCUUGUAGAGACAGUCCAUCCUAGAACAUUAAUAAGGGUUCUCCUCCAAAGGUGAGAUUGUGAUUAAUUUCUCAUUUUGCAUCUCCCUAAUUUUCACAUUCAUUGUUCAUUGCUUAUAAGAUCUUUAGCCUUAUUUUUUAAAAUUUGAAAACAGUAGUUCACUUUUGAAAUGUAUAGUUAUAAGAGGUGAAAAAUGCAUUAAGUCUGGUAGUCUGUAGCACAGUGAUACAGAACAGUAAUGUUCUUCCUUCCAAAGCCUUCCUCAUGCUGCCCUUUGUUAGUCAGACCACCCCCUUUCUGGGAACCCCUUGCAACUGCCCCUAUACAUAUUCACUAUGUAAAUUUUGUAUUCUUUGAGAGUCAUUCUUAUUGGUGAGUGUAUCAAUAGUUUGUUCCUUUUAUUUAUUUAUUUUUUUGUAGUUUUCUGUUGUGUAGACAUACCAGAGUUUGUGUAUUCACCACUGGAGGACAGUUGUGUUUCCAGCUUUUAUUAAUAAAGCUGAAAUAAACUGUUCUGAACAGGUUUUUAUGUGAACAUAAAGUUUUCAUUUUUCUCGCAUAUAUACCUGGGAGUGGGAUUGCUGUCAUAUGGUAGGUGUAUGUUUAACUUUAUAAGAAACUGCCAAUCUGUUUUUUAAAGGGUCUGUGCCAUUUCAUAUUCUCUCCAGCAACAUGUAAUUAUGGUUGCUUCUGAGAUCUCGAGUGGCUGCUUUCUGAAGGAAGCUACCACACUACUGUUUGGUACUGGUGCCAGGGAAGGACAUUCAGGUGGCUCAUCUGACAGGCAGCCUCACGUUUGCUGAGUGACCACAGGCUCCUGUGUAUAGGGUUCCUGGCUAUGCUACCACUACCACUGCCAUCCUUGUCAGAGCCUAGGCCCCACCCAAGUCCUUUGCAGAAGGAAAAUAAUUCUCUUCAGCUCCCAGCCCCAGGAAGUGGCCGUUGCUCCUCAUCACCACAAUUCCUGAGGUCCUGACCAUACUCUGUCCUGGUGUGGAACCCAGAAGUAGAUGUGCACAUCCGAGCUAGCGAAUCAGUUGGUAGUCAGCCCUCUUACCACUCAGUCCCUCCAAUCUCAUGUCCUCUAUGUAGCGGACAGAGUCAACAUGUCAUCAUGCAAGAGGACAGGGAAGGUCCAAGAGUGGUGAUGCAGAGUCACAGUUCGCUGGUCCUUAGCCAGUUCCUGGUUACUCCAACCUCAGUAGGUGCUCUGGAGCUGUGGGCUCUCCUCCAAGGGCUCAACUCUUGCCCACACCCACCCAGCCUGCAGCUCAUUGCAACGUGCUGGGAUCAGGGUAGCUGUCUUAGGCUUGGGUCUCCAAGAGAAGGUGUGUUGAGAAGGGCAGACAGCGCUUUUUUAUCUGCUGGGUGACAUCCCCAAAGCCUUCAAAGCAACAUUUGUGUCCUUUCUCCAGGAGGAAAAGCCGUCUCUGCCUUUUGUGUCAAGGAGGCUCUGGCCCCAAUCUCAUCCUGUCUUCUUGCACCUGGUGAUUCUAGAGUGUUCCAGUCAAAACUGGGUGUAAUCUCUCUGGCUUUAGUUACUGUUUAUUGAAGUUCGAUAAAUUAUAUCGAGGUGGAAAGAUAAACUUUUUCAGCUUAUUAGGAAGCCUCUGUGUUGUUGUAGGAAACCCUGGUGGCGAAGUGGUUAAGUGCUACGGCUGCUAACCAAAGGGUUGGCAGUUCGAAUCCACCAGGUGCUCCUUGGAAACUCUAUGGGGCAGUUCUACUCUGUCCUAUAAGGUCGCUAUGAGUCAGAAUUGACUCGACAGCACUGGGUUUGGUUUUUGGUUUGGUGGUGUUGUAGGUGCUGUUGAGGCGAUUCCUAUUCAUAGCGAUCCUGUGUACAACAGAACGAAACACUUCCCAGUCCUGUGCCAUCCUCAGAAUUGUUGCUUUGUUUCUAUGUUUGAGCCUGUGUAUGUAAUGUAAAUAAGUCCAUAAGUGUAUAAAAAGAAACAAAAGUGUAUAAAUGAAGUGUAUAAAUGAAGAUAAAUACAAAUUUACCAUGAAGAAAAGCUCUACUCAUCGCUGUUCUCAAGUCAUCUCUACCUCAGCCCAGUUCAAGAGCCCUGAUCAUCCUGUUGUUGUUAGGUGCCGUCGAGUCAGUUCCGACCCAUAGCGACCCUAUGCAAAACAGAACGAAACACUGCCCAGUCCUGUGCCAUCCUUAAAGUCGUUGUUAUACUGGAGCUCAUUGUUGCAGCCACUGUGUCAGUCCACCUCGUUGAGGGCCUUCCUCCUUUCUGCUGACCCUGUACUCUGCCAAGUGUGAUGUCCUCCAGGGACUGAUCCCUCCUAACAACAUGUCCAAAGUAUGUAAGACGCAGUCUUGCCAUGCUUACUUCUAAGGAGCAUUCUGGUUGUACUUCUUCUAAGACAGAUUUGUUCGUUCUUGUGGCAGUCCGUGGUAUGUUCAACGUUCUUCGCCAACACCACAAUUCAAAGGAAUCAACUCUUCUUUGGUCUUCCUUAUUCAUUGUCCAGCUUUCACAUGCAUAUGGUGCGAUUGAAAAUACCAUGGCUUGGGUCAGGUGCACCUUAGUCUUCAAGGUGACAUCUUUGUUCUUCAACACUUUGAAGAGGUCCUUUGCAGCAGAUUUACCCAAUGCAAUGUGUCUUUUGAUUUCUUGACUGCUGCUUCCAUGGCUGUUGAUUGUGGAUCCAAGUAAAAUGAAAUCCUUGACAACUUCAGUCUUUUCUCCGUUUAUCAUGAUGUUCCUCAUUGGUCCAGUUGUGAGGAUUUUUGUUUUCUUUAUGCUGAGGUGUAAUCCAUACUGAAGACUGUGGUCUUUGAUCUUCAUUAGUAAGUGCUUCAAGUCCUCUUCACUUUCAGCAAGCAAGGUUGUGUCAUCUGCAUAACGCAGGUUGUUAAUGAGUCUUCCUCCAAUCCCCAUGCCCCUUCUUCCUCAUAUAAUCCAGCUUCUUGGAUUAUUUGCUCAGCACACAGAUUGAAUAGGUAUGGUGAAAGUAUAAAACCCUAACUCACACCUUUCCUGACUUUAAACCACUCAGCCUCCUCUUGCUCUGUCUGCAGAACUGCCUCUUGAUCUAUGUACAGGUUUGUCAGGAGCAGAAUUAAGUGCUCUGGAAUUCCCAUCCUUCACAGUGUUAUCCAUAAUUCGUUAUGAUCCACACAGUUGAAUGCCUUGGCAUAGUCAAUAAAACACAGGUAAACAUCCUUCUGGUAUUCUCUGCUUUCAGCCUGGAUCCAUCUGACAUCAGCAAUGAUAUCCCUGGUUCCACGUCCUCUUCUGAAACUGGCCUGAAUUUCUGGCAGUUCCCUGUCGAUAAUUUUGCUUGCCUGUGAUAUUAAUGCAAUGGGUUAAUGGGUUUACGGUGAUAUUAAUGAUAUUGUCCUAUAAUUUCCACAUUCAGUUGGAUCACCUUUCUUGGGAAUAGGCAUAAAUAUUGGUCUCUUCCAGUCAGUUGGCCAGGAAGCUGUCUUCCAUAUUUCCUGGCAUAGACGAGUGGCCACCUCCAGCACUGCUUCUGUUUGUUGAACCAUCUCAAUUGAUAUUCCAUCAAUUCCUGGAGCCUUGUUUUUCGCCAGUGCCUUCAGAGCGGCUUGGACUUCUUCCUUCAGUACCAUCGGUUCCUGAUCAUAUGCCACCUCUUGAAAUGGUUGAACAUCGACUAAUUCCUUCUGGUGUAAUAACUCUGUGUAUUCCUUCCAUUCCUUCCAUCUCCUUUUGAUGUUUCCUGUGUCGUUUAAUAUUUUCCCCAUGGAAUCCUUCACUAUUGCAACUCGAGGCUUGAAUUUUUUCUUCAGUUCUUUCAGCUUGAGAAACACUGAGCGUGUUCUUCUCUUUUGGCUUUCCAUCUCUGGCUCUUUGCACGUGUCAUUAUAAUACUUUACUUUGUCUUCUCGAGACGCCUUUUGAAAUCUUCCAUUCAGUUCUUUUACUUCAUCAAUUCUUCCUUUUGCUUUAGCUGCUCGACAUUCAAGAGCAAGUUUCAGAGUCUCCUCUGACAUCCAUCUUGGUCUUUUCUUUCUUCCCUGUCUUUUCAAUGACCUCUUGCUUUCUUCAUGGAUGAUGUCCUUGAUGUCAUUCCACAACUUGUCUUCGGUCACUAGUGUUCAAUGCAUCAAAUCUGUUCUUCACAUGGUCUCUAAAUUCAGGUGGGAUAUACUCAAGGUCAUAUUUUGGCUGUCGUGGACUUGCUCUGAUUUUCUUCAGUUUCCGCUUUAACUUGCAUAUGAAGAAUUGAUGGUCUGUUCCACAGUCAGCCCCUGACCUUGUUCUGACUGAUGAUAUUGAGCUUUUCCAUUGUCUUUCCACAGAUGUAGUCAAUUUGAUUUCUGUGUGUUCCAUCUGGCAAAGUCCAUGUGUAUAGUCGCCGUUUAUGUUGGUGAAAGAAGGUAUUUGCAAUGAAGAAGUCGUUGGUCUUGCAAAAUUCUGUCAUUCGAUCUCCGGCAUUGUUUCUAUCACCAAGGCCAUAUUUUCCAAGUACUGAUCCUUCUUUGUUUCCAGCUUUCGCAUUCCAAUCACCAGUAAUUAUCAAUGCAUCUUGAUUGUGUGUUUGAUCAAUUUCAGACUGCAGCCUCUGAUAAAAAUCUUCUGUUUCUUCAUCUUUGGCCCUGGUGGUUGGUGCAUAAAUUUGAAUAACAGUCGUGUUAACGGGUCUUCCUUGUAGGCGUAUGGAUAUUAUCCUAUCACUGACAGCGUUGUACUUCAGGAUACAUCUUGAAACAUUCUUUUUGAUGAUGAAUGCAACACCAUUCCUACAUAGCUUUAUAAUCUGGGAGCCUCUAAGAAGAAAGACCUUGUGGGCUCAUUUAUUUUACUAGCAUUAAUUGAAAUUGAAUUUACCAUAAACAAAUUGAGUUCUCCUAGAUGGAAUUUCUUCCAUAUAUAUUUUUUUAAUUUCUUAGCCCAAGAAAAUCUGUACUUCCAGUAAAAGGAGCAUCCAUAACACAUGACCUAGACUCACCAACUGUUAGGAUAUCGCCUCAUUUGUCCAUUUAUAUAAAUACAUGAUUACAGUGAAACAUUCAAUAGUCAAAAACCAGUAAACAAAAAGAAUCUCCAUUGUCCCACAAAAGAAAAAAAAAAACCCAGUUGUCCAAAAAUAUCUGUUAUAGUUGUUGGGUUUUUUAAAGCUAGGAUCCAAACAAGAUUUUGAUGUUGCCUUUUUAUUGUUUUUAUUGUUAUGAAACCAUAUAUAACACAAUGUUUGCCAAUUCAACAUUUUCACCAGUACAGUUCAGUGACACAAAUUAUAUCAAUCCUGUUGUGCAAACAUGACCAUAUCCAUUGCCAAAUUUCCAUCACCAUAAACAAAAUCUCAAUGCAUUAUAAACAGUGAUGUUCCCUUUCCCCCUUAUUGUGACCCCUGGUAACCGUUACUGAACGUUGAUCUCUAUACUUUGCCUAUUCUAGGUAUUUCAUAUGAGUGAGAUUAUACAAUUUUUGUCCUUUUGUGAUUGACUUAUCUCACCGAGCAGAAUGUUUUCUAAGGUUCAUCCAUGUUAAUAAUGUACAAGGACAUCAUUUCUCUUUAUGGCUGAGUAGUGUCCCAUUUUAUGUAUGUACAUUUUGUUCAUUCAUUCAUUGAUGGACAUUUAGGUUGUUCCCACCUUUUUGCUAUUGUGAACAGUGUUGCAGUGAACAUUGGUAUACAUGUGUCCAUUUGCAUGGUUUCUUUCAAGUCUCCUGAGUGUAUACCUAGUAGUGUAAUUGCUGGGUCAUGUGAUACAUCUACGCUUAACUUUUUCAGGUAAGCCUGCUGUGCAGUGAAUUACGUAAUAUUCCCCUUCUAUUCAUAGUCUUUGUGACUCCCACACAAUGAUUGGGUGGAACUAUGCAAAUAAGGUGCUUGUGGCCCUCCAAGGGGAUUGAGCGGCUUCCUGCUAACGCAAAUAAGGUGCAUGGAAACCUGUGGGGGUGGGACCAUGAACAUAAGGCAUCUGGAACCCUAAUGAGGGGAUUGGUCAUUUUGCCAUCCCGCUAGGCUUAAAAGAAAGCCAAUCCCAGAGCAGAGGGGGACCUGACUACCACCAAGAAAAAAAGACGAGCAGAGCACGUCCUUUGGACCCUGGACCCCUGAGCUGAGACCCUGCUAGACCCAGGAGACAGCUGUAACACUGAAGACGGUGAGGAACAGCAGCAGGGAAAUGGCAGCAGCAGGGGGAGUAGAACCAGGAGACCAGCAGGAGAUGGUGCAGUGAGCUCCCCAGCCUACGGAGUGAGAGCUGAGCACCUUCAUGUAGGAGGCUGGCUUGCUGGCAGAGUGGGGUGCCACUGGGUACUUGGUGGAGCUAGGCUCACUGACCCACGGAGCGAGAGAGCUGAGCUUCGGGCAGAAGGCUAGCUGGUGGGGUUGGGUGCCUUCAGGCACUUGGUGGAGCUAGGCUCCCCAACUCAGUUAGCGACCUGAGUGCUUUCGGGCAGGAACCUUCCAGCAGAAUGGGGUGCUUCUGGCACUUACUGACAUUGCUAAAGAGCUUUGUAACACUUUUCUGAGCAGGGCAGAGGCUGGGCCAAGGGGCCAAGGGCUAGAGAGAGGCCUGCUUGCCGGCAUGGCUGAGAAAAAGCUGUUCUGAUUGAAGAACUGUUAUCCUGAAUCAUUUCUGAUCCUGCAUUGUGACCUAAUACCUCCCUAAUAAACCCCAUAAUCAUGAGUACUGUCUGUAAGUUCUGUGUGGCCACUGGAAUGAAUUAAUGAACCCAGCAGAGAAGGAGAGAGUGCCAUGGGAUGGCGGCUGGUGUCAGAAUUGGUAAAAAGGUUGGAGACAGGAGAUAUGUCUGACCUAUGCUUCAUAGAAAUAAGCUUUAGGCUGAUGGUGAUGGUGAUUCUCUCUCCCCCUUGUGAAGCUAGAGCAGAUCGGAUGCCACCCCCGUGCCAUUUUUACAACCACCUAACUUUUCCUUGGUGCCUUUACUGUUUUGCAUUUUCGCUAGCAAUAGACAAGAGCUCCAGUUUCUCCACAUACUGACCAACUGUUCUUGUUUUUCCAUUUUUAUAAUCCUAGCCUCUUAGUGGAGACAAAGUGGUAUCUCCCUUUGUUUUUGUUUUGUUUUCUUUUUUGAGGUUGGCUUUUCUGUUUUUAUUGUUUAAAUAUAUAUAUGACACAACAUAUGCCAAUUCGUCAUUUUUUCAGAUGUACCAUUUAGUACUAUAAAUUACAUGAAUCAUGUUGUGCAAACAUUAACCAUAAUCGUUGAUAAAUUUCCCAUCACCAUAAACAGAAACUCACUGCUUCCUAAAUAAUAACUCCUCUUUGCCCUGUCCCUCCUGCCCCGGGUAACCAAUAAUAAACUUUGGUCUCAAUGUAUUUGCCUAUUCUUGUUAUUUCCCAUAAGUGAGAUCAUAUAAUAUUUUCCUUUUGUGAUUGACUUAUUUCACUCAGCAUAAUGUUUUCAAGGUCCAUCAGUGUUGCAGCAUGUAUCAGGUUUUCUCUUUCUGGCUGAAUAGUAUU